AUGCCGAGCAAGGAGGCGUCGUCGCGCAACCUGCCGAUCCGCGGCCGCGACACGAACGGUAAGACGUACCGCUCCACGGAUGAAAUGUGGAAAGCCGAGCUGACGGGCGACCUGUACGACCCCGAGAAGGGAUGGUACGGCAAGGCGCUCGAGUACUGGCGCACCGUGCCUGCAACGGUGAGCGGCGUGCUGGGCGGCAUGGAUCAUAUUCAUGAUGUGGACAUUGAGGGGUCUCGCAGCUUCAUUGAGAGCCUGCCAGGCCACGGAACAAGCCGUGCGUUGGACUGCGGCGCCGGCAUUGGGAGGAUUGCGAAGAACUUGCUGACGAAACUGUACGCCACGACGGACUUGCUGGAGCCGGUGGAGCACAUGCUGGAGGAGGCCAAAAGGGAGCUGGCCGGCAUGCCCGUUGGCACGUUCAUUUUAGCCUCCAUGGAAACGGCAAAGCUUCCGCCCAACACAUACGACCUGAUUGUGAUCCAGUGGACCGCGAUUUACCUCACCGACGACGACUUUGUGAAGUUCUUCAAGCACUGCCAACAGGCCUUGACACCGAACGGGUACAUCUUUUUCAAGGAGAACUGCUCCACUGGUGACCGCUUCCUUGUGGAUAAGGAGGACAGUAGCCUGACGCGGUCCGACAUACACUACAAGCGACUCUUCAGUGAGAGCGGGGUUCGAGUGGUGAAGGAGGUUUUCCAGGAGGAGUGGCCAACGGACUUGUUCCCUGUGAAGAUGUACGCGCUCAAGUAG